AUGGGAAACGGAGGCUCCAAGACCGAGCAAUCCACAUUUAAUGCCGACGCGCCCGUACGCCUAAGCCAGUCCGUCGUCAACUCUCUGCAGAACAGCUCCGAGGUGCGCAUUCCCUUGAGCAGCACUUCCACCUCCAUCCUGGCUGACCACAUCGAACAGACCGACUCCACUCGUGCGCAAGAUCAGGAGCUGAAGAAACAACUCCGCACCACCGAGCAGCUCACCAAGACCCGAGACGCCCAAUCCCARCGUCUAGAAUCCCUCACAGCUUCCCUCACAACAAACCCAGCCAAGGCAGAGGAAACCGCAGAACUCCCCAAACGAGACCCCAACAGUCUCGCAGCACAUCUCAGUUCCCCCUUCUACCACGACUGGAGUAAGAAGGAGAAGGAGGAAGCGACGAUCCGUCCAGAUUCCGGCCGCAGUCACGACAGUAUGAGCAAAGAAAUCAACGACCUCCGCGCGAAGUUGGAAGCGCGGAAAAAGGUGGAGCAGGUACCGAGGGAGGUGGAGAAGGCAAAGGAGACUCUGGUGUCAUGUUUGCGCACCAAUGAUCGGAGACCGCUGGACUGCUGGGAGGAGGUACAGGCGUUCAAAGCGGAGGUCGGCAAGCUUGAGAAGGCGUUCAUCCAGAAGGCGGGCAGGUAG